AGCUAGUACACAAAUACUAUAAUAUGCUGCUGCUGCACGGAUAAGCACGCUUGCCUCUUCAUUCUUCAGUCAUUUCUUUCUUAACCCCUUUCAUUAUUUAAUAUUACCUUGGCUUUGAGGAUGGCCUAUGGAAUCAGAAUAAAUACACCUAGCACUUUCUGUUUCUUUGCACUCCCUCAUGUUUAUGUAGCUGUAAGCCUAAUCUGAGCGAGCCUGGCCGGAUAGGCUUAUUUUAUUUUGCCAAAACUCCCAUGGGAAAGAAGCUAGGAGGAAGUUCAUGGUUGACGGCAGUAAAGAGGGCCUUCAGGUCUCCCACUAAGGACACCAGUAAUGUUGACAAGAAGAGUUGCAGGAGGAGAGAGCAUGAACAUGAGGAGGAUGAAGAAAAGAAAAGAGAGAAGAGAAGAUGGUUGUUCAGGAAAGCUGCAGCGCAGAACGGUGAGAACAACGAGUCAAGGCAUGCCAUUGCGGUGGCUGCCGCCACCGCUGAGGCGGCCGUGGCGACAGCUCAGGCAGCCGUGGAGAUCAUCCGCUUGACACGGCCUUCAAAUCGGCAGCACUUUGCAGCAACUGUCAUUCAAACGGCCUUCCGAGGCUAUCUAGCAAGGAGAGCCCUUGUUGCUCUAAAGGGGAUUGUUAAGCUUCAAGCACUGAUAAGGGGCCAGAACGUACGAAAGCAAGCAAAGAUGACGCUAAAAUGCAUGCAAGCUCUGCUUCGAGUGCAGGCUCGGGUCCGGGAACAGCGUGCCCGCCUCUCACACGACGGAGGCCGCAAAUCCAUGUUCGCCGAACCCACCACCAACUUAUGGGAAUCUAAAUACCUUUCAGAUAUCAGAGAUCGAAAGUCAAUGUCUAGAGAUGGAAGCUCAAUCGCAGAUGAUUGGAGAGACUGCCCACGAACACUUGAAGAACUGGAAGCAAUGUUGCAAGCCAGAAAAGAGGCUUCCAUCAUCAGGGAAAGAUCCCUUGUUCAUGCUUUCUCACAACAGGAAUGGAGCUCGGAGAUGGAGCUUGUUGAGGAGGAGGGAGAGGAGAAAGAAGUAGAAGAAAGAACGAACUGGCUGGAAGAGUGGAUGUCGUCGAAGCAAUGGAACUGCAGCAGCAGAGCUUCAACCGAAAGGAGAGAGCCUGUAAAGACCGUGGAAAUCGACACAUCAAUGCCCUAUUCUUACACAAGAAGAUCACUCCAACACUUGAGUCCACACCACAACUACAAGCAAUCCCCCUGUCGCCAAAAACCAUCGCUCUACAAUUUCCCCAUCCUUCAACCCCCCGCAACCCCUUCCCCAUCCAAACCAAAACCCGUGCAGCUCCGCUCAACCAGCCCCAGACGCCUGGAGAAGAGCUACUCAACCGCAAACACUCCCUGCCUGCGCACCACAACGCGUUCCCACACCGCCGCAUCCCGCUACAGCAUAUCCGCAAACGAGGUAGCCGCUGCCACCACCCACAUUGCCGUGCCCAAUUACAUGGCUGCCACGGAAUCUGCCAAGGCCCGGGUCCGCUCACAGAGCGCGCCUAGGCAGAGGCCAUCCACCCCCGAGAGGGAGCGAAUCGGGUCAGUAAAGAAACGCCUGUCUUACCUCAUACCAGAGCCAUAUCCCCUUAACACUGGGUAUAGCCAGAAUCUGAGAAGUCCCAGCUUCAAAAGCGUCCAAGCUGGGUAUGUAGGGAUGGAGCAGCAAUCAAACUACUCGUGUAACACUGAUAGCAUUGGCGGCGAAAUUUCUCCUUGUUCAACUACUGAUCUUAAACGCUGGCUAAGAUAAAUCUAAAUCUAAUAAAUCUAAAUCAGUUGUUUAGCUUCAAUUAUGUUGUUUCCUUGAUUUAGGCAUGGGAAUGUGAGGGUAGUUGAUGGUGGUGGUUGAAAAAAAAAAAAAGAAGCAAGAGAUAGAAUUCCCAAUGUCCAUGAUUUUUAUUUUCUUGAUUUGUAUUGUAGCUCAAAAUAGAAAUGAACUUUCAAGGUA